AUGCAUUUCGGCAACCUGGCCCUCCUCUUCCACGUCCUCAUCGAAGCGCCCGCCUCGCUGUCCUUCCUGCUGAAUGCGCCGAAGCAGCUCCGGGAGGCGAGGCCUAGCCCAGAGGCUGUCCUCGUGUGCCAGAGCUACGGCGGCCUGCUGUUCGCUACCAACGUGCUGUGCGUCCUGCUCCUCUACUCCAGGGGCAGCACCAACUUUGACGAUGCCAGCGCCAUCAUCGCCACAUCGCUGGCUAUAUGCCACGUCAUGCCUAUCCGCAGGGCCUGGAUGAGAAUCAAGGCGCAGGGCGCCGGCCGUGGCUGGCUACAACAGGCCGAUGCGCUGGGUGGCCCUUAUGUGCACUUGAUGGUGCAUGCUCUAUUGCUUGUGUCUCUGACAUGGGCGGGCUUGCAUGGGAUAGUGCGUGGAGAGCUUUGA